AUGGCUAUUGGACCAACUAUUUAUCGUACAGAAUGGCAGAAACUGAAUCAAAGUAGACCAUGUGAACCCUGUUCUGACCCGUGCAUGAAUGGAGGGACUUGUGAGGGAGGCACUUGUACUUGCCUUGAAGGAUUUGCUGGCACUGCAUGUGAGGAAAAGAUUACAUCAGUAAAGUGCGAAAGUAACUCUAUGACCGUCAUCAUAAAUGAUGAACUUUUUGUCGGUAUUGACCCGGACGAUGUUCAUUUUCGAGACAGUACCUGCCCAUCUUCCCGUAGCAGUCCUACUCAUAUAGCUCUUGGUACGAAGUAUGAUGAGUGUCUUACCACCAGAACGGAAAAUGAUACAACCAUUACAUUUUCGAAUGUCAUCGCUUAUUUCAUGCCUGAGCCUAUACCUGGCACUAAUAUCACCCGUCAAUACCAGAAGCAGCUUGAGGUUUCGUGCUCUCUUGACAAGACCUCGCAAGUAGAUCAAUCUUUCAAACCAACACUUGGUGAAGUAAAAUUUACCGACAAGGGAUCCGGCCACUUCCGCCUGGACAUCGCAAGGUUCAUGAACGAGUCAUUUGAUGAGCCCGAAUAUGGCAACGCUGAGGUCUGGCAAAGCCAGGCACUCUACUUCGGAGUCUACCUUAGAUCAGUUGAAGAAGUUGGUAUGUUUAUCGAACGAUGCUGGGCAACGGCAAGCCCAGAUGGUGAUUCAACUCCAAGACACGAUCUGUUUACUGACAGAUGCCCUUCUGAUUUGGAUGAAACGGUUGAAGUCUUUUUCCCGAACAAAACGGAUCGAGAAGGAUUUAAGUUUGACGCAUUUGCCUUUGUUGGAGAUCAUAACAUGGUAUACAUUCACUGUGAAGUGAAGGUUUGUAUGAACUACGAGGCCAAUCAGUAUCGAGAGUGCUCCGACAUUCGAGAUGAGGGACGCAAACGCCGAUCUUCUUCAUUCCUUUCCACCCAAACGAUCAGUAGCGCACCGGUUCGCGUCCGCCGCUCAACCAACGACAUGGCUACUAAUGAUCUGUCUGCCUACGAUUCGUUCGGGAUGUUCCUCAUUGGAUUGAUUGCAACCGUGGUUGCUAUAGCAAUCCUGAUGGGCGUGGUCAAGCUAAUCGGUCGUCCAACCAACAUCAACUACAAGCGAGUCCCAACUGCCUCUAUGGAAGGGAUUUAGAUGCGAAUAAUGACCAGAGUGGAUUUCACAUUCGGAGUGAC